AUGCGUCUCUUUACUACUCAUCUUUCUAUGCUACUUGCUGUAUCGGCUACCCUCAUCGCUGCUCAAGAUGCAGCACCCACAUCCCCAAGCACCAACGGCAAUUCGAACUGCGCUUCCCAAAAAGUUGUAGAUUCAUGCGUUGCGAUCAUGAAGCGUGGGCUCGCAAAGUGUUCUGCGGGUGAUUGGGACUGCAAGUGCUCAGGCGCCGCAAAUAUUGCCAACUGUUAUGUCAACUGCUCCGAGAAUGACCCAGAGUCGUCAGCGGCCAGACAACUCAGCGUAAAUGACUGCGCCACCGCAAACGCAUACGACCAAGGAGAAACCACCGUCGCACCCUCAUGGACCCUCCCCGGGUCCAAUGCUGCUCAACCGACCCGCGCAGAUGUCAGUCUAACAACCAGUGGUAGCUCGUCGACCACUGCCGGACCGACCAAAUCCUUCAUUGGGAAGGAACAGUCAACGACUCCAUCAGAGGGGGCUGCAGUUGCGAAUAAUGCUGGAAGCUGGAUGGCUCUUGUGGUUUUAGGAGUAGGAGCUGCAUUUUGA